ACCACCUUGUGAAAUGGUCGUAUCUGAAGCUAUAUUAAAUCCCGUCGCACCCUGAUGGGUUUUGUUACACGGAAAACUAUCGUGCGCCACUGAUACAUCGCUCUUAUCAAAUCCGCUGGCUUCUAUCACACACCUCGAAACAAUGUCAAUACAAUACCGUUAAUAUGGCAUACUUUGUUGCGGCUGAUGCGACAGUUACCAUUUAGCAAGAAAUUAUCGCACAUUCGCAUUGAUGUAGUCUAAUUGUUUUGAUAUAAGCUCAAUACGAACAGUUAACAUGGAGUGGUUAAAAGUUACAGUGAUCUGUUUACUUGUCUGUGUAUUGAAGUGUUCGGCGAUGUCGCUCAGUGAGAUUGAGGAGUUCAGUAAUUUCCUUGAGAAGACCGCACAAUUGGAUGAGAUCUUGAAGAAAGGAAACCCAGAUGACGAUUACGACGAUGAAGAGGCGGUGUCCGAUGACGCUUGGGAGCAGAGUGGCAAGUUCGAGGGUGACUUGAUUCUCAAUGACCGCCAGCGACGACUGAUCGUCCAGGAUGUUGUCGAAGGUCUCUCCAGGAACGGCCUGAGAGACAGCACCAAGAGAUGGCCAGACAACGAAGUUAUUUAUUACAUCCAGAAGGAACAUUUUUCUGGGGAUCAAGUGCAAGCAAUCCAAAAUGGAAUAGACGACCUCGCGCAGGCAUCCUGCAUUAAAUUUAGACCUUACAGAAAAGGAGAUCGCGAUGCAGUUGUUAUUCAAGGUAGCAGGCGCGGCUGCUUCUCUCAAGUGGGCUACCAAGGCGGGUACCAGGUGUUGAACCUGUCGGGGCGGCACCCCGUGGGCCGCGGGUGCUUCCGCCACGGCACUGUGGUGCACGAGCUGCUGCAUACCCUCGGCUUCUACCACAUGCAGAGCAGCCCCGACAGAGACGACUACAUCGAUGUUGUCUGGGAAAACAUCGUUGACCCGGCGAAACACAACUUCCGCAAGUACAACACGUUCUCGGUGACGGACUUCGGAGUGGGCUACGACUACGACAGCGUGCUGCACUACAGCCGACGAGCCUUCUCCAAGAACGGACAGGACACCCUGGUGCCUAAGAAGGGCGGAGCUUCAAUCGGACAAAGAGUUGGACUUUCCGACAAAGAUACUCAAAAACUUAACAAAAUGUACUGCGACGCGGAUUCUGACAAUGCUAGUGCCGACGAAGAGGCUCCCCAAAAAUCUCCCACCAAAAAGAAGAAGCCUAAGAACAAACCGUUUCAAGGACAUGGCAUAGGAUACCAUCAAGGUAAAACCAUCGUUAUAAAGAUAGCGCCUGCGGCUCAAACGUAUAAAUUGGAUGACGAGCCAAAAUUUCAUGUGUUUGAUCAUUUUAGUAAAACGCCGCAAGCCGUGUCGCCGGCGGUUACUGAAGGAACUGGAGUUGGAGAAGAAAUAACAUACCACCACGAUCCUUAUAACUAUAACAUAGAGGACUACAGGAAAUUUUCAACCAGGCUCAUUCAAGAUACAGACAAAGAGAAGAAAAUUAAUCAAAACGAGUAUCCGGAUAAAGCGGUAUCUGUAGUUACAAAUGAUGAUAACAAAAAUCUUAACUCUGAAAAUCCAAAAUACACAUCUCAAGAACUGGCUAAAAAUGUCGAGUCAAACAAUAACAAAGAUAUUAAUGAUGCAUUUGAUAGAUUAAGUAGAAUUUUAAAAACCCACGUGUAUCCGUCUCAAACACCUGAUCUUGAAAUAUACAAGACACAAUCAGAUUAUAGUGGGUUAUAUAGACCAGCAAUCAAAUAUAAACCUACACCGGAAGUAGCGCAAGAUGAGAAAGUAUUUGGAUCUACGUUAGUACAAGCAGACCCAGUCCAUAAAAGCAAAGCAGUCAGUAAUAAUGCACGUGAGACUGAUAAAAAUGCCGUAGAAUUAUUCGACGAGGAAGGGCGAUACAAUCCUAACUAUUUAUCAAAUCAAUUUGAUUCAUCGUAUGGUAUAUCCUAUCCUCUCAACAAAGUGCCCAAACUCAAUCUGGAGAAGUUCAAGACACCAUCUUAUGCAACAUUAGAACGUUUAGCUAACAAACAUGAUUACAGUAGUUAUUACAAACCCAGAGAAGAAGGCGACGCGCCAAAUGGAAAGCAUACCUUAUUUGGUUACGUCGUACCCGUGCCCAAUAAAUGGUAUAAUAAUGACGAUAUUAAAAAAGACAAUGAGAAAUAUAAUCAAGACUCCUACACUUCUCUGGCAGAAGGAGAACUACGUGAAAAUGUUUCAGCGAAGCUACUUCAGCAGAUACCUGCAGAGAAUCAGAAAAGAACUCUACUUGGGCGUGAUCCCUCUGGACAAGCAUAUUCAAUAUUUGGCGUCCUGGUUCCAUUAACACAAAAAUGGUACAAAGUAGAUUAUGAUCCGCAUACGGGUUCAUAUUUAAUAGAAAAACCUGAGUCUAGUGAGGAUUACAGGUAAUGCUAACGGGGACCUAAUACUACUAGAUAAGUAAGUAGUUAGAAUUUGUAAUGGUAUAAAUAAUAUCUUUGCAAUGUGUUUGCAACACCAGCCGUAAUAUAUAAAGUGAAAUAUAGAGGAUCUCGAUGUCCAAAA